UUCAGGCAUCGUUCUACGUUGAAUAUGAAACCAACCCUUUUUGUAUUCAAUGGUUCUUUUGCAAAUAUCUUAAAAACGGUGCCAGAUGCGACAAAAAUAUUAGAGACGAGAAAGUUUCAAAAUCGAAUAGAGAAUCAGAAGAAAAGCAAGAAAGCUCGAAUUCAGUGGCGCAACAUAUCAAAUUUUUAACUUUAACAUCCUGUAUCUUGGAAACCAAGCCUUUAGGCAUACGCUUAUAUAAACGCUUCGACUUAUUUAUCCCGAAUCUCCAGAAUAAAACUAAUUAUUCUAAAGCCAACCCUGUGUAAAGGGGAAUCUGGGUCAAAACGUUCCACAAAAUACUCGACCAUAUAUCGAUUGGCUGUCUCUUUUUAUUGCAACGUUUGGGGCCCAACGCAUCGUUCAGACGCAAGACAUUUUAAGGUGUCGCGUUUAAUUCCUAAAAUCAAGUUGAUUUGUUUGGGGCCCUUUAAAAAUGGCUGGUACUCGAAUAUCGAAAUUACAAUUUUCGAUCGAAUCGUCCAAGAUUCAGAAAUGUAAUUUAAGCAAGUUCAAUUUACAAUUUAUGUAGAAGCAUCUGGUUCCUCAAGAGGCAUAUUGUUGAUACCAACAAGCUACAAAAUGAAAAUCAACGCAAUAAGAAUGAGCACCCCCAUAGAAGAGAAGGUGGAUCAGAAGUUGAAAGUUCGCACUGGAAUGGUCACAGUUAGUGAUGGCAAGAGUAGGCCAACACCAGUUCAACUUCACUUGUCCAUGGAGGUUCUUCGGCUUCAAAAGGAAGAACCCAUUCCGAUGGACUCAAAACCUUUGAACUCGAAGGAGAGGAUGGUGCAAAUUCAUAGGCAAAAAGUUGGCGGUCUUGGUCUAAGUAUUAAAGGUGGUGCCGAACAUAAACUUCCAAUACUGAUUUCAAGAAUUUAUAAAAAUCAAGCUGCCGAUCGGACUGGUGAUCUUUUCGUUGGAGAUGCGAUUAUUAAAGUUAAUGGGGAAUACAUAACUGCAUGCCCCCAUGAUGAUGCUGUAAAUAUUUUAAGAAAUGCUGGAGAUUUAGUAGUAUUGACUGUGAAACAUUAUAAGGCUGCCACACCGUUCCUGCAAAAGCAAGAUGACAAAGAUUCUCAACAGACUGAUAGUAACAGUGAAAAGGAAGCUUCCGAUGAAAGUUUUCGUAUAACUUCAAACAGUACUAGUAGUAGACCAAGUUCUAUUUGUUCAGAAAUGGACCAAGAAACAAUUCAAACACAUUGGGUUGAUAUUAUUACCGUGCCUUUGAUGAUGGCAUAUGUUACUAGAUACAUAUUUGGUACCGACAAGUUGAGACCGAAUUCGUUUGAAGUUCGAGGAUUAAAUGGAAUCAGUACUGGCAUAAUACAUUGCGAUGAUUCUGCCAUUCUUUCUCAAUGGCUUAAAUUUAUUAACGAUAAUAUUAUUGGACUAACUAGUCUACAAAUGAAGUUAUACAACAGAAACUUCACUGUUUCGGAUCGGAUAGAAUACAUGGGAUGGGUAAACGAAUGUGUUCUGAACAACAACCAACCUUGGCAGAAUUAUAAGCCCCGAUUUCUGGCUCUUAAAGGAACAGAUCUAAUGCUCUUGGACUCUCCACCACUUAACUUGGCCGACUGGAAUAAAUGCUCACUGGCAUUCAAAGUUUACCAAACAAUGUUUAGAAUAGUUAAAGACUCGGAAAAUGUUGAUGAAAGGCAGCAUUGUUUUCUAGUUCAGACAUCGGGGCAAGAAUCUCGAUAUUUUUCUGUUGAAACCCGACAGGAAUUACUGAGGAUUGAAAAUGCUUGGCAUUCUGCUGUAUGCAAUGCUGUUAUGAAAUUAGGCACUAAGACUUUUACGGUUAGCAGUAAUGGGAAAACUGCAGGAUUGACGCUGGAUUGGAAUUUGGGAUUUUCACUGUUUGAGGGCGACUCAAAAACUUUAGUCUGGCAAUACAAAUUCUCACAGCUUCGCGGUUCUUCUGAUGAUGGCAAAUCGAAGCUCAAGCUUCAUUUCCAAGACAUUGACACUAAAGCCAUUGAAACUAAGGAAUUAGAGUGCGCAAUUUUGCAAAGUUUGCUUUAUUGCAUGCACGCAUUCCUAACGGCAAAAGUAGCGUCUGUGGAUCCCGGAUUUCUAUGCUCGACACUUCCAUAGGCCAUACUCAUUAAAAAAUAGAUUAAUAAUUGAAAUAAGACCCAACAAAUUUCAUUGUACGAACGGUAAGUUUGGACUAAACCAAAUUAGAUGACUGAUUUAGAUAUCGUGUUUUCCUAAGACUGCGGUUGUGUAACAAUGCGCCCUUGCUUUCUUCAGCAUUUGAGUGAUUUUUAAUGAUCUGAUAGAUGUUAAUAUUAGCUCUUGAGGAUAUUUAUAUGUGCUUACUUAAUAAGUACCUACUUCAUUUUUUUGUCGCUUGUGGAGCAAAUCACACAGAAAACUGUCUAAUUGCCAUUUAACGGAUUAGGGGUUGAUUUUUUAUUGAUAUAAUGGCGAACGUUUUUGCAUUAAUUUAAACGUUUCAAACAGUCCCGAUAAUAUACGACCACCUGAAAAAAAUCUUUUUUUCCUUACUGAAAUAAGUCUUCCAAAUGCAUUUCAUUUUGCAGUUGCAAUUUAGUCUUAUAAGACCCGAUAAUUUAAUUUAAAUGAAUGCAGUAAUGAAUUAAAACCACACUGGAGGUAAACAGUUAAAAAAUUCCUUUACAAAUCGCACUCAUGAUAUACAGUGUGCCUGCUAUAAGAGCGUCAUUUUUUCACUACCUGCUGGGCAAUUUUCGUCUAGGUAGUAGGCCUGAAUAAAAUGUAAAAAUUCAGAUCUUCUCAAUUAUAUUUCAUUAACUAUUUGAGACAGACAACUCGUUUGAACACAUUUUAGUAACUUUGCCCUCUUUAGCUUGGGUCCGCCGGUAUAUUUCUUUGAGGCAGCCAAUUUGCGAACUUAUCUAUUAUCGUCCUUUUCUCCUUUAACACAUGGAAAGUAAAAGAAGCUUGUUAAAAAUUUAUAAAAUCCAACUUGAAAAGCGCUAAAACAGGUAAUAUUUAAAAACAUGAUGUCCUCACACAAUAUAGGUAUUAAGUAGGCACAUUGUUAUUAUGAGACAAACUAUAGCUAAUCUACUUACAUUUCCCCGAUACAUUUUCACCAGAACACAUCACUCCGUAUUUAAUUGUUGCCUAAAACACACACGAUUGAACAAUUAAAUCGCUAACUUGAUCUCACACUCGACGCGCCACAACUCCAAACAAAUUCCUCAAAUAAACCAACGUUUUUUUUUAGUAUAAUAGUCUAAAAUGGCAAAAUCACCGCUUCUGAAUGAUCUACUAAACCAUUAUUACUCUCGUAUACGUUAACUGGUACGUAUAUGAGAGUAACUCAUGAAAUGUGUUUUUUUUUCACUAUUUAUUUUGUUGUCGACAAUAUUCCUAAAAAGGUUCAAAAUAUCAAAUCACAUUAUUCCGGUAAUAGCAAGUCAACUUCGGUUUAGCUGAAAUAUUAUCUAAAUAAACAAACGGCCUGCAUGAAAACGAGUUUAUUUUAAUUGUUUACACAAACAUUGCCAUUACUUUUUCUACAAAAAUUUUGUUUUUAUGCAGUUGGAAACCCAUUAGAUGCGAAAUUUGUCUGGAACAAAUCCCGCGACAAAAAGUGUUUUUGCCAUUAUUUAUACCAGAAAUGGUAAUAAAAAUGGUUGCUCUUUUGCAGAACUGUUUGUAUAAACACGGCGAAUAAAUAAAUAUAGUUCGUCCGCACAAAGUUCAGCUAAACGAAAGUUGUGACUCAUUUUUGUUGUUAUUUGCUCAACUGAAGGGAUGUUUAUAUGAACAUGCUCGUCAAUUGAAUAAACCAGUCCAGAGACAUUUACACACAUAUUUUCCAUAUAUAUUUCCGUAAAGCAGCUCAUCUAGUAACUUUCUAACUCAAUAAACCGAGCCAGAAAAAGUUAACAAAUGUUUUCUUUUUGUUAGACAUUUUAUACUAAACAGCGUCUGCAUUCUUCAGCAUUACACGCAAUUAGUAGGCUUUAGAUUUGCCAGUAUUCUAGUGAUUAUGGGCUGUAGUUGAAUAAGUAUUGGUAUUCUGCACACUGUAUAGCAUAUAUAAACUCAUUGUUAAGAAACAUCACAAGUGUCUGUAGUUAAAAAAGUCAUCGCAUCAACAUAUCAUUAUAGUGUAAUAAUAAAUGGUCAAUCUUUUCAUCAAUUAAACUAUAUUCUAACUAGUAUAGGUAUUAGGUAAUAAGAGAUUAGCAUAUACUAUAUGAUCGAUCUAAUUUAGGAACCUGUUCUGGUUUUGUUAGUUAAAUUAUCAACUCUUAAUUAUGCAGUUUGCAUAAGGAAAACUGAAUAAAAAACGAAAAAUUCUCUUGACUCGGGAAGCAAUUUGUUGAUGAAAAAAGGCAUUCUGAAAAUUUUACAUUCAGAAUUAUUGUGAUUCUGUAGACUACACUUUACUAACUUAACCAAAAUAUGGUUGAUAUUAUUGUUAAUUAUUGAAUCGAAAUUUUAAAAAUGUGUUAUAAAGUUAUAUUAUUUAGGUGUCGAACUUCUUAGGAAAUUGUACUUUAGUGUGUUGAUUUGUACAUCUCACGAGUUGAUGGCUUAUGCAAAUAUGUAUUGAGCUGUAUUAGUUGUUAUUCAUUUACAGAGAAGUAGAUCAAUUUACGUCAAGAAAAGCACUUUAUUUAAUUAGCAGUUUCUCUAGUUUUCUUGGAUGCCAAAUAUAUUUAACGCGAUCUUUCUGAUUGAAACCCAGGGAAACUUGAAAAACUCAGCCAAAACAGUAAUAGUAAUAUUAAUUAAUCCAUAACGCAUUUUGAAUGACUUUGGAGCAUAUAGAGCCUGCAUUGGAAGCAAAUGAAUAACAAUUAAUGUUAUGACUAUUUAAAUUAAGUGUGAAGUAAACUAUAAUGGUUGUGAUUUUAAUGCUAAAUUCUUUGUAUGGGCCAUGCGAAACAGUUUCACAGCAUGACCUGCUUCACUUCUAUCGUCGUAGUAAUUCGAAGCUAACUUGUGCGUACAACUAGUCAAUUCUAAGGACUUUGAGAUUGUUUUUAGGCAUAACAUCGUAUGUGGAAAUUGGGACUGUUUUGUUAGAACAUGACGAUUACUCGUUAGUAGUUGGGGCAAGAAAUAAGUGUACAUACGAGCGCAAAACAUUACUAUGAUUCUUUUAGAAAACUUCAGCAUCGACUCUAUACCUCAACCUUUCAAGCAGUUAACUUUCUGUAAUAUAUCCUGUCACCUACGAAUAUCCUGGUUUACUAUAGGAUAAUAUUUGUGUAAUACCUUAAAAGAGAUAAUUGUUCGUUUACCUACUGCCUGUCACCAUAUAUAUCAAAAGUAAGUGUAAAGGGGUUUAAUAAUCAAACCUUCAUUGCUUCUACCUAGUUAUAAUUGGCAAUUUUUCAAGUUAAUUCAAAGCGAACCGAAAUAUCGCCAGUUAUAAAACAACGCAGUGCAAGUAAAAAUGGGUUCUUGGAAAUCAACAUUGUCUAGCAAUUUCACACAUAUGUCCCCUUGCUAAAAAUUUGAUAAGAAUCACCUUAGAUUGAAGUUGCAUUGCCCAGUAUGACCAAAUUGUUCUGUUGUUAUUUUAAUGUUACCAAAAAUUAAUAAUCGUUGACAAUAUAAAUAAAUUUAUUUAGUACCCUUUAA